AUGAAAGGCGAGGUUCAGGCUCCUGCGGAGAUAGAUGUGGGUGACGCUACCGCGUCCGACAGGUUGGCAAAUGGAUUUACUAGUGAUGGGGAUGUGAAAAAAGACGUGGACCAACUCACAUUGGAAGACAUUCGUGAGCAGAUUCGUUAUAUCGAAAAGGCAGUUGCGACAAAGGAAUUGAAUUACAUCACCCGGGUGAUUCGGAGCCUAACAUCUGUUCGCCGUAAACUGAACCAUAAUGUAUUGCGCGGGCUCGUUCAGGGGUACUUCCCGAGCCCAUCGCCUCAAAAAGCUUAUUUCAUGGAGUUUCUACCCGAGGCGAUGGAUACAGACUGUGCAGUCUCACCGUUUCGACCAAGAAGUGGGAAACAAAAUGUACCUUUGUUGCCGGAGGUGGAAGCCUACCUACAUCUGCUCUUGCUGAUAUUUCUUAUCGACGAAAAGCACUAUAAAGAGGUUAGUUGCGGUGCUAAGAAUAUGACCACUUCAAAUAGGAAUGAUUUAGAUUAUUUUCCCCAACUUUUCCCAGGGUAA